AUGAAAGACCACAAGACGCCAGAUACUGCAGCAGGAACACCCCGUGAUCAUUUCCGAACACCGCGGCGACCCAGUCCCCAGUCAUCAUCCAAGACCUCGAAAAGCACCACGUCGAAGCGAACAUCGUCUCCAGGGUUGUCAACAUCUGGGCGGGCGAAGAAAAGAGUAUCUCUACCGAGUUCCUAUCGCGCACAGUCAACUCUCACGCAAAUCCAUUUUGUGGCUCAUACUCCGCACCCGGAGGAUGACGAGCUCGACUACAUUGAUAACACGGGAGGUGGUGGAGAUGCACGCAAAGCUGCCCAGCCAGUGUCAAUAGACGAUGAUCCUAGCGAAGAAGAUUCUGAAUACCGACCACCUCUACGAGCCCGACCGGCCCCCUCUACACUCGGGUUGAACGACGACCAUCCGAAACGGCAAAGGGAAAGCGCCGUGGUUCAACGACCUCCCCUACGCAAGAGGCAAACGCCGAAGCAAAGCAAUGGCAGAGGAAAGCGAAAAUCAACAGAUAAACCCCCAGCAAAGCGCGAUAAAACCCUCACACAAAUGGAUUUCGUGCGGCGCUAUAUUACGAUUGACGAUGAUGACGAUAAUGAUGUGAAUAUGGUGUAUUUACCGCCUGCUCCCGAAAAGGACUUGAAGGAGGCUGGUCAACAAUCAGAUAUGGCAGAGACUAAGGGAGUGAAGCCGGAACCUCCCUUGUCCUGUAUAAAGCGCCCUCGCAAGGCCCUUGAAGCGGAAGUAGACCUGUCUACGGGCGAACCAAUAUCCCAGUCGGACGAAACCCAAAGUCUUACGAAGCUACCUGAUCCUCAAGAUCCUUCCAAAUCUGAUAUUCCAACCACACCGCAAAAACCGAGGAGACUUGAGAUUCCAUCUUCACAGUCACCGCCGGAAAGUCCAGGAUUGGCAAUUAUCACAUCAUCCCAGUUUCGCAGUGCGACGCGGUUACCCCAGAAAAAGGCGCGAUUGAACUUCGCCAAACCUGAGAACUCCAUCAAAGAAGAAUCUCCUGGCGCAUCAGACAUAGCCGGGGAGUCAGCCGAUGAAGAAGAUACGAUUCAAAACCAGACGCCGACACACAGCCGACCCAUCGGUCGCAAUUCCCCUGACCCAACACUACCAUCAUCCCUAGGAAAUAUAUUGCCGACUGUAUCGUCAUCAGCAGAAGUCUCACAGAAAUCCGCGCCAACAGAUUGCGAUCCCCCACCGGAGCGUGCCCAACGGGAAAGAACAGUGAUUUAUGAAACGGACGCGGAAACGGACAAUGAUGACCUUGAAGAUGAUAUUGGAGAUGGCCUUGAUACACCAACUCGUCCUCCGAGCCCACGGUUAGGAAGCUCCAAUGAGAUUCACGAUGGACCACAAUCGCCGUGUGAUGGCUCGCAAGACCUCCCCUUGCCCAGCGCUCACACAUGUGCCGACCCGGAUUCCGAACCUCUCUCCGAAGCGCCAAUGUCGGAUGCAUCCAUGUUCUAUCGAAGGGUACAAUCAGCGACACAAUUUCCACAUGAGCCUAUUCCCACGCUGAACACACAAAAAUUGUCUGAGCUGUUCCCUAACGAAGGAAGCACUCAAUAUCCUCGACAGGGUAAUGCGCAUCACACGCAACAACCUCCUCUUCUAUCCUCACAAACGCAAACGCAAACGCAAAGCCAAGCAACAGACCAAAUUGAAAUUGUGCCCGAGUCCUCGCCCACCCGGGACCAUGAUGAAGAUGUCUUUCAACGACCUCAGCCCCCGGGUCGAUGGUCCAAGUUGAGUCAUCUCAGCCAGUUGAUCGUGCCCAUCAUGGACUUGGUGGGAUGUUAUCACGGAGUCAGCUUCUGA